UGCACCUGUGCUGCUGGCUGCUGGAGAUGGGGAGGGGAGCGGCGCCAGAAGCAGCUGCGCGCCCCGCCCCGCGGGCUCCUCCCCGCCGCCGCGGCCCCUUUGCUGCUGCCCCGAUGCGCUGUGCCCGAAGCCUGGACCCAGUAGUCAUCAGAGCAAUUGGGGCACCCAGGCUGUCGCCGCCGCUGCCCACACCCCUCGCGGACCCCAUUGGCCGCAUGGAGUCUCCCGAGGGCGCAGGUCCGGGAGAGAUCACUAAGGAAGUCAAGGUACCACAGGCUGCCCCGAGUGUUCCAGCUCAUGAGACGGGGGACACUUGCCAUACGCCUGUGGCGGCGGUGGAGGAGGAAGUUGGCAUCCCAAUACCAGCACCAGGGUUCCUGCAGGUCACGGAGAGGAGGCAGCCUCUGAGCAGUGUCUCCUCUCUGGAGGUUCACUUUGAUCUCCUGGACCUCACUGAGCUGACCGACAUGUCUGACCAGGAGCUGGCCGAGGUCUUUGCGGACUCUGACGACGAAAAUCUUGCCACUGAGUCCCCAGCAGGUCUGCACCCACUGUCUCGGGCCAGCUGCCUACGCUCGCCGUCCUGGACAAAGACAAGGGCGGAGCAGAACCGUGAGAAACAGACCCCCAGUGACCCAGAGCGGCAAGGGACAAUUGUGGACACAUUCCUCACUGUGGAGGAGCCCAAGGAAGAUUAGCCCAUCUCCUCCUGUUCUGGAGCUGCUGAAGGGCUGGGCCAGACCACCAUAAUGGCACCAUGGGACAGUACUGGCACGAGAGGCACUCUGCCAACUUUAAGACUCCAGCCAUCAAUCACCCCCUGACAACGUGGCAAAGUCCAGGUGCCAGGCUUAGGCCUCUGGGCGCCCUGGCACAAGCACAGCCCAGUGGCCUUAGGUCCAGCUGGCUCCUGGGCCCUGAAUGAGGGAUGACAUCGAAUGGAGUCUCUGCCUUGGAUUAGAGAAGGGAUACUCAGUGGUGACCUAGAGUCUUAUCAAAACUUGUCUCUGGGACAAGACCUUUUGUCUCUUGUGAGAUUCCAAGUAGAUUCAAGGUAAGGGUUCCAAGCCCACGAGAGCUGCCCAGGAACCUGUAGGCGUUUUAUCUCCAACGUCAGUGAGCUCAAAAGCUCCGAGUAGAUUGGUGGUAGGUCAGGGGCUGGCUCUGCUGUCCAGCCAAGUGGCAGCGGUGGGUGUUGCUUCCCUAAGAUCUCCACCUUGACCUUUAAACCCUUCUUCUGCCCUAGGCAGGCAAGUCUGUUUCCAGGCCCGCGCUGCUUGUUCUGUGUGGGACAUGUGAAAGGCUGAGAAACUGCCCCAUGUCUUCCUUAGUUCAGAACAUCUAACCUCAGUGGUGACUCCCAGAUGGCUCGGAAGGACAGAGUGCCAUCUCCACAGUCCUGUGUCUGUCAGAGGCACACUGUCUGUCCUUCACAUCCCACUGCCUAGCCUGACCACCCACAUAGCCUGUCAGAUGUUCAGUUGGGAGGCUCCGACACUGUGGAGCUGUCUCAGCAGCAGCUCAGGUGGCAGGGACGACCUAGCCCCCCGCUGUGCUCUGAGGCGCUGGGCACUCAGUUUAGACUCUCAACACGCCUUUCAUGUGCACGAGGACAAAGCACACUGGCUGCUGUGAUCACGAAUCAAAGACUGGUUUUGAAAUAAAGGUUUACUUGCUUUUUGUCCCCAG